UACAGAUGAAGAAAUAAGGGUCGAAGAAGGGGUUUACUUCUGCUAUCCGUGUCAAACUCUGAUCAAUUGAGGUAAUAAUUGAAUGAUGUAUUUCCAUCUUAGAUCUUUUGAUUUGCUCAACUGCAACCCAAUCUCAGUUUUCGAAGUUUGAUUUUCCUUUUUCUAUGGUUUAAUUGCAAAAUUUGGAGGGUUUUUAUAGAAAUUAUCUAUCAAAAUUGAAAUUAAAACCUGAUCAUGCAAAAUUUGGAGGGUGUUUAAGGAAAUUAUCUAUCGAAAACCUGAUCAUUUCAUAUGAUGAUGUCAAGAAGUCAUGGUAAAAGAGAAAGGGAAAUCGACAGGAUCAGUGAGUUACCAGAACCCCUCAUUCAUCACAUAUUCUCCUUUCUUCCUAUCAAAUCUGUUGUCUCUACAAGUGUUUUAUCUACAAAAUGGAGGUAUAUAUGGACAUCCAUUCCAAGUAUUGAUCUUCGAGUAUGGAAGUCUACUAGUACUAAUCCUUGUACGAGUAUCUAUCAAGAAGAGGUCAAUAGAUUUAUGGGAUUUGUGGAUAGAUUGUUGUCUAAUCGUCACGAUGUUCAUUCACCAUCUAUACAGAAAUUUUGUCUCUAUUUCGAUACUUAUUUUGAUAUUUCUCGGGUUAAGGGAUGGAUUUCUACUGUGUUACAACAUAAAGUUGAAGAGCUUGCUUUCAUGGAUCAUAAAGGUAUAGAGUUUCCUGCAUGUCUUUUUACUUGUGAGUCUUUGACUGUAUUGGAGAUAUAUAAGUCUUUCCAUGAACUUCCGGAAUCAGUAAAUUUUCCGAAACUCAAGAUACUUCGACUCAAUGUCAGUUUGUACGAUGAGCACUUGAUUCAGAAGUUGCUUUCCAACUCCCCCAUUCUUGAAGAGUUGAGUUUGGAUGUGCGCUUUUGUAAUAUACAGUAUCUAAGCAUUUGUGGUUCUAAUUUGAAGCGGGUGUUCUUUAAUGGUCCAUUGUGUUGGGAUUUCAAUAUCCACAUAGAUGCACCAAACUUACAGUCAUUCAGAUACUCUAGAGUUCUUGCAAAUGAUUUUGUUCUGCAUAAUUUCUCAACACUGCUUGCUGCAGAAAUUGUCCUUUCCAACACAGCUCCAACAGAUUCGAGGGGAAGGGAUGAACUUGGUUGUCUUGCAAGAAAGCUUUUCGGCAGUCUUUCUUAUGUGAAACAUCUAACAAUAUCUGAUUACAGCUUGAAGCUUCUUUCCUAUCAAAAUCAUUUCCUGACGAAUUUACCUUCAUUUUAUUAUCUGACCCAUCUGGAAGUUACUAGUGCAAGUCUUUAUUUCGGAUAUAACUGUCGUGAUGAGGGUAAUCUUCCGCGUUGGAUUGUUGGAAUACUGCUCGAUUUUCUCCAUAUCUCACCUAAUCUGAAAUCUCUUGUUUUCGCUGAAGGAUUCUCCCACUCUGAAUCUAACAUCAAUUAUAGUUGGUCAGCAGAUUUUCUUCCUCAGUGUUUGUUACUACACCUGAAGUCAAUUGAAUUCCGUGGGUUUUUCUGGAACGAAUUCGAGAAAGACUUGGUAAGAUUUUUGAUGAAAAAUUCAAAAGUUCUAGAGAGGGUAAGAAUAACAGUUUCAGGCCGCUCAGUUUUAUCAACGUCUUCAAAUUACAGGAAGAAGGUUGUGAAUGAUAUAUUAUUGUUUCCAGUAGGCUCAGGUAAGUGUAAUAUUCACAUCUCUUAAAACUUUCGGAGAAUUAGUUUGUUGAAGCUCCGAGUGAUACUGCGACAGAUAAUUCCUUUAGACAUGCUAUUGAAUUGGAUUAGUUGAAGUUGGUAUGGGUUUUCUUGCAGUGCAGUAGAAGCUGAAAAGGUAAUCAUCAGUUCAACAUUACGGUAGGUGUAGCAUACAUCAAUCACUGCAUUUUGUUACUACAACAAUUACGAUUAUGAAGGCUUUAUUGUUUGCUUUUCUUUUUGAUGUUUGCUGCUGCGAAUCCUAGUUUGGCAUACUUUUAAUAUCUUUCAAGACUGUAAGUACCUCUUUGGGUGUUUAUUAA